UGUGAAAACACUGUCAGUGUUGAUGUCGAAUGCAGAGCUGUUAUCUGAACCUAUUGUGAUUUUCUCCGGAUUAUUGUUGUCUUAGAUGUUUUUUAAAAUAAUAAAAGCAGCAUAUUUACUGGCAAGCAUGCAGUGAGCCUGCUUUGUAAACAGAGAAAUGUGAGAAGCAUUGCAUCAACUUUUCCCCACCAAUAAGCCUCAGUGUAAACAAAGUGUGACGAAACAUUUCAAGCUGCCACAGUGAUGGAUAAAGUUGCCCCCAGGCUACAAAUUAUUAAUAACAGAGUCUAAUAAGGAGCAGAGCUGACUCAUGGAAGAGGCAAGUUAAAGGUGCACAAAGGGGGUGCACAAAGUAGAGCAGUUGUCUUUACUUUCUCCUCCUCCAAAGGUGUGGUUAUACAGACAAGAACAAAAGGGGCAGUUGCCUGUGGGUAAGUUGCAGUCGGUGUUGUGGUGUUCAGGACCUCACACGGGUGCCCUGCCUGUUAGCCCAAGAGCUGCAGCAGCCUACACUACAUCAAGGCUUUGUUGUUUUUGCCAGGAACACCUCCUCUGUCAGAGCUGUAGCAGAUCCCCCCGGGCAGCAGUAACAUCAGCACCAUGGCGCCAUCUACUAAAGUUCAGGACGGAGGCUGGGGAUGGGCGAUCGUUGGGGCAUCCUUCAUGGCCCAGCUCCUGGCUUAUGGAUCACCCCAGUCUGUGGGCGUCCUUUACCCAGAGUGGCUGCACGCCUUCCAGGAGGGCAAGGGCGUCACAGCCUGGGUGGGCUCCCUCGUGGCUGGAGUGGGACUAAUAGCCAGUCCUGUCUGCAGCGCCUGUGUGGACAACUUUGGGGCUCGUCCUGUGACCAUCUUCAGUGGCGUAAUGGUGGCAGGCGGCCUGAUGCUCAGUGCCUUCGCUCCAAAUGUCCAGUUCCUCAUCUUUUCCUAUGGGAUUGUGGUUGGCCUGGGAUGUGGUCUGGUCUACGCAGCCACGUUGACAAUCACCUGUCAAUACUUUGACAAGAGACGCGGCCUUGCCCUCGGCAUUGUCACCACAGGCACAAGUGUUGGAGCAUUCAUCUAUGCCACCGCUCAGAACGAGCUCAUUGUCAUGUAUGGCCUGGAUGGCUGCCUGCUAAUCAUUGGAGCUAUAGCACUAAACCUCAUGGCCUGCGCUGGCUUCAUGAGGCCCCUUAACAUGCCAGGGUACUACCUCAAACAGAAGGCUGCCCUGGAACGCAACACAGAGGAGCAGAUUUUCGACAAGCCACCAUUGGAUGACCUGAAGAUCACAACAGGUUCCAACGCAACCACUCCAGAGAAAACUCUGAUGGUGAAGGAGUUGCUCAUCACAAUCGAUGCCAAGGACUUGGCCGCACAGACUGAAAAGAAGAAAGGCAGCUUUCUGUCCGGGUUGGCCAUCAUGAAAGUCAUCAAGAAGAAACAGCAAGCUUAUUUAAAAUACAUGCACUCCAUGUAUGAGAUCCUCCAAGACCAAGCCAUGGUGGCCUUCUGUAUUGCUGUCUUCCUGUUCAGUCUAGGGGCGUUCCCUCCUGUGCUUUUUAUAGAGGAUGUGGCACAGAGUCAAGGACUCAUUGAAGAAGUUAGUGUCUUUCCUCUGGUAUCAAUAGGGGCCAUUGCUACUUGUGUGGGUAAACUAGUGCUGGGUAUCCUGGUGGACAUCAGAUGGAUCAACGGCAUCUAUCUGUAUGCCUUCACCAUGUUUGCAGGAGGUGUGUCACUGCUCCUUAUUCCUAUCACUAAAAGUUAUACGGGACUGCAGAUCCUGUCCGUCGUCCUGGGUUUCUUCUCUGGAAACUGGUCUCUGACCUCCUACAUUACCACUAAGAUUGUUGGCUUGGACAGGUUGACACAAGCCCACGGUAUCCUAAUGUUCUUUGGAGGAUUUGGGAUCAUGCUUGGACCCCCUGUUGUAGGGUGGUUCUUUGACUGGACACAGUCUUAUGACCUGGCGUUCUACUUUAGUGGAAUCUGUGUGGUGCUGGGAGCGUUCAUCUUAUCUGUGCUCACCCUUCCCUGCUGGAACAGGAAACACUCCGAGAAUGACAGACCAGACGUCCAUUACACCAGCAACUGUGACAAAGUUGCCUCUGUAGCUUGAAUAUACUGCCCAGCAACUGCCGCUGACAAACUGUACCUGAACCACCUCUAGGAGGAAUUAUCUUUCUUUGACUAUACAAGAGUUCCCCCUUUAUUUCUGCUGCCAGAUCCUAAUAUACCAAAAUAUUUGCCAGGGGUUUUGAAAUACAGGCCUUUCCUCUGUACUUUGCCUGCGUUUCUCAGGUUCGAACCAUAUACUGCAGAUCUUCUUAAAGGUUUGACUCUGAUGCCUGUGUUGAUUUUGUAUUACUGCCUCAUUUUACGAGGUCAACUGAACAAUACUGUUAAACUCCCCAAUUCUACAUUGUGUUUACGUAAAAACUGGUUUUCACUUCACCGUAGCUCUGAAAAAAACAAACACAUGGUGCCCUUCAUGGAGGGAGAAAAGCAUAUUUAAAAUUGUUGGGUGUUAAUUUAACACCACAACGACAUUUAAAAAACACAAUAAAAACGCACAACUAUCUCCCAGGAUGUCUCUAUAGCAGAGAAUACAGGGAUUAGAAUGAAGGAGGGAGCAGUUUUUUUGAUAAUCGUAAUUUUAGCAACACAUUUUAUUUUAUAUUUACAUUUAAAUGUACAUCUUAAUCACACCGAUAUGUAUCCUACCAAAGCAUCAAUGAUACUCAAUGCCUGUCAACACAUAAUGCCUGUUGGAACAAUACAAAAGCCUUGCUUUAUAGAAUUUUUUUUGUUUUCAAGUGCAUUGACUGAAUUUAUACUUUUUUAAAAAACGGUUUGAGUUCCACAUGCCUCCUGUUUCUGGAGCAGAUAGAGAUUUUUUUCCACUAAGUUAUGCUGAUUCAAAAACACUGAAGAGAUCCGACUGUAUUCCCAAACAUAACAGCAUGUUGAUUCUCUGUGUGGCAUGAUUAUCACGAUCUCUGCUGGCACUCAUUUUGACCAGGCUGGUCCUUUUCCAAUCAUGUUUUGUUUGUGUGUGUGUGUGUGUGUGUGUAUGUAUAUAUGUUUGUGUGUGUGUGUGCAUACACGUGUUCGCAUACAUGCACAGGUUUGUGUGUGUGCGUUGUUUGAUAAACUUUUGUAUUAGAACUAGUUUGUAAAGUCCUAUGUGCUAGUGACUUUUAUAUGCACAAAACCCAGCCAUAGAGCUGUAAAAACUGUUUUCGUUUAAGUUGAAACUUGAUUAUUGUGAUCAUAAUUGUAAUGUAUGCAUUACAAUAGGCUUUUAGAAUCACUUGAAUGUUGUUAAAUAUACCACUACAAAUGUAUUUUUUAUAGUUCCAGUUUCAGGAGUAAGGGUAAAUCUGGGAACUUUUAGUGUUUGCUUUUUGUGUUUAUAGAAGGUAUAUACAAGGUGCAGAUGAAGUACAAAUAGUACCGACUUAGAAGAGACAAUAUGUUUGGUUGACAGCUUUUAGCCACAAUUUUUU